CCGUCCUGCCCUCACCGCCCUCUCCUCGAUCAUGACCAUCUAUAGCCUCUAUAUCUUCGACAGACACUGCACCUGCGUGUACUACCAGGACUGGCACCGCACCGUCCGUCCGAAGACCGCAGUCGAGGGCGGCAUGCUCCCCGCCGUAUACGCCCCCGUCUACCCCUCGGGCCCGGGCGCCGCCGUCAGCAACCGCAACACCCUCUCUUCCAACUCUGGUAUCGUCGUGGCUGUGAACCACGGCGACGAAGAGGGCCCGCAGUCGUCUCUGCCGACCCAGCAGCUCUACAGCCCCAUCGCGCCACAACCACCCGCGCCGACGUCCGCGCUCUCAUUCGACGAGGAGUCGAAGCUCGUGUACGGAGUGGUGCUCUCAUUGCGGAACAUGAUCAGGAAGCUGUCCGGCAAGGACGAGAACUUCGUCAACUACCAGACGUCGUCGUACAAGCUCCACCUCUACGAGACGCACUCGGGCUUCAAGUUCGUCAUGCUCAGCGACCCCGGCGCGGACUCGCUCCGCUUCGUGCUCCGCCAGAUCUACGCCGGCCCGUUCCUCGAGUACGUCGUGCGCAACCCACUCGUCGAGGCCGACUCGCGCGAGCGCGGGAUCGACAACGACUACUUCCGCAUGAGCACGGACCGGCUCGUCCGCGGCCUUACCGUCUUUCAAUGAUCAUCAUACCCCGUAUCGCAC